CCGGAACCGGAACCCCCCUCUUCAAGUGCCUCUUCCCUCUCCUCGACCCGGGCCCGGCGCCCGAGAGGAUCCCUGGGGUGGGGGUGGGCGUGGAGGGCCGGGGGCUGGAGGGGCACUCGUCCUGGAGAGUGCAGUGGACUGGGCUGUUCCCGCGGCGGAUGCAGCCACGGGGAAUGGGUGGCUGGGGGAUGUCCAGGGAGUAGGGUCGGGUCGGAGUGGAUGGACCACCGGGCCCGGAGGGUCCAAGCCGGGAGCGGAGCCAGCACCCUCCACCACCCGCCCUUCGGGAAAUAUCAGAACUGACCCAAGAGGCAGGUGCACCGGGAAAAUGUGUCUGAGUCCUGCUUGGCAGAAGAGAAACUGAGUCACCAGCUCAGGAGCCGCAGGGUCAGCGGGCCUGAAGGGGGCUGGGUCUGUCUGCGGUGCAGAGGGUUGGGUGGGCCUAUGUGAGUCGAGGUGGCCGCUGGCUGGAGAUUGGUCUCUGCUGUGUCUGCACCUCUGGGCUGGGUUCCCCCGUGCUCCAUGACUCCUGCAUCUCCUGGCUGCUUCUCGUUGGUUUGGAGUUGUCCCUGCGGUUGGAGCCAUCUGAGUGUGUAGGGCCGAGGCCCAGGAGGAAGGGGAGGGUUCGCCAACUUACUGCCUAGCUGUGGGUUUGAACCGGAGUCUGAGGUCGCGGAGGGUUUGGGGAGACUUUCCUGAGCUCCCCUGGCCCCAGCGGUGGGACUGUCACCUUUCAGUAUUGCGUCGGGGGAGGAGCGCUAACAAAAGAGCCAUGGGUUGUAAAUUCCACACCCAGCUCUGCCACUUUCUAGUUUUAAGACCUUGAGAGAGCUCCUCCUUUCUCUAAUUUUAAUUUCUCUUUUAGAAAAUUGGAACUAUAAUAUUAUUUUCCCCUAGGAAGAUAGUAACAAUGGCAGUCGUUUAGCGGGUGCUUACUUUUCAUUCAGCAUUGACGUAGCCCAUUCCAUGUAGUUCUCUCAACAUUUUGAGGCGGGAGGGAUCAUUAGCUCUGUUUAACAGAUAAAAAAACAGAGGCUGAGAGGACGUGGAAUUUGUUCAGGAUCACAUUGCUCAUAAGGUGGCUGGGCUGGGCACUUAUAGGGUGGUUUCAGCCCUGGUCUGACUCCAGAGCCCAUGGCCUUAACCAGUAGGCUAACCUGCCUUUAGGGCAUACUCCCCAGUGGGAGGAGAGGAAGGUGAAAACUCCUAGGGCUCCAGCUCUCCCUGUGAUGUUUUGUUUAUGUGAGGCCAGCAAAGACUUGACCUGACCCAACCCAGUUUCUCCUGUGGGGCCCCUGCGGCCUCUGGCCCCAGAGGAGAUAUCAAAGAAGGGAUACCAAAGAAGUGGGCUGUAGCCAUUUCAAGUCUCCUUCACGCAGUGCUUGGUUGCUGGACUCUGGGGUCAGCUUUCAAGACAACUGUUUCGGUCCAUCAUGCAUCCAUCCUUCUUAAUGAAUCACCCCCUCCAAAGAGCUGGACCCUAAGAACCUUGAGGCAGGCUCUCUAAGGUCUAGAGUCCCAGCUCCCCUCUGGCCCCCUUCGAGCUGGGGCGGUGAGGUGCUAUGGCUGAGGCUGGCCCAGCCGGUCCCUGAGGACAAGGACUAUGGAGUGGGGAAAAAGGUAGAUUUGGAGUUCUGAAAGUUUUCUGAGCUUCGGUUUCCUCAUCUGUUCGAGAGGUCAUUGAAACCUCUCAAAGGGAAAGGUAAGAUAACCACGUGGGAAUCUCUAGAAUGGCUCAUGGGAAGUAUGACAUCAAUAUUGGAGGAUCUGACUUAGAGAAGGGGGGUGAUCUGGAAAAUAUCUUUUUGGGGGGAAGGUGCUCCAUAGCCUUCUACCACUGGAUCCAAAGCUAAGGAAAGUGGGAGUGAACGUGGCAGGCCAGCUAGACACUGGGGAGCCAGUUGGCUGGGGCCUUCGGGGUGCCAGGAUCUGGGAGAGGGAAGGAAGGUGUUGGGCUUCCUUUCCCAUUGCUCUCUGCGGAGUCUGAAGCAGGGUUGGGCGUCUCUGGCUUGGGGUAAGACUCGGCCCCCAAUGCGCCCUCAGCAGUGACCCUCGUGUGUGCCUCUCUCUUCCUUUCGCAGCUGCUGCCGCCCACCCCACGUCUUCUGGCCGCCUCCCUCUUUGCGCCCCACAGGCUCCCCCUCUCCACCUCCUGGGGCCCAUCAUGAAUGGUGCCCCUUCCCCAGAGGACGGGGCGUCCCCCUCGUCUCCCCCGCUGCCCCCACCCCCGCCCCCUAGUUGGCGGGAGUUCUGUGAGUCUCACGCUCGGGCUGCUGCCCUGGACUUUGCCCGCCGUUUUCGCCUCUACCUGGCCUCCCACCCCCAAUAUGCGGGGCCCGGGGCUGAGGCUGCCUUCUCCCGCCGUUUUGCCGAGCUCUUCCUGCAGCACUUUGAAGCAGAGGUGGCCCGGGCCUCUGGCUCCCUGUCACCACCCAUCCUGGCUCCCCUGAGCCCUGGUGCGGAGAUAUCACCACAUGACCUGUCCCUUGAGAGCUGCAGGGUGGGCGGGCCCCUGGCUGUGCUGGGCCCUUCUCGAUCAUCUGAGGACCUGGCCGGCCCCCUCCCUUCCUCAGUCUCUUCCUCCUCUACGACCUCGAAGCCGAAGCUCAAGAAGCGCUUCUCCCUGCGCUCAGUGGGUCGCUCUGUCCGAGGCUCAGUCCGUGGCAUCCUGCAGUGGCGGGGGACCGUUGACCCUCCCUCCCCGGCUGGGCCCCUGGAUACCUCAUCAGGCCCCCCAGUCUUAGGUGGAAACAGCAACUCCAACUCCUCUGGCGGGGCUGGGACCAUUGGUAGGGGACUGGUCAGUGAUGGAACGUCUCCUGGGGAAAGAUGGACUCACCGUUUCGAGAGGCUGAGACUCAGUCGGGGAGGGGGCGCCUUGAAGGAUGGAGCAGGGAUGGUGCAGAGGGAAGAGCUGCUGAGUUUCAUGGGGGCUGAAGAGGCAGCCCCUGACCCAGCCGGAGUGGGCCGGGGAGGAGGGGCGGCUGGUCCUCCUUCAGGGGGAGGAGGGCAGCCUCAGUGGCAAAAGUGUCGCCUGCUGCUUCGAAGUGAAGGAGAAGGAGGAGGAGGAAGUCGCCUGGAGUUCUUUGUGCCACCCAAGGCUUCUCGGCCCCGACUCAGCAUCCCCUGCUCUUCUAUCACGGAUGUCCGGACAACCACAGCCCUGGAGAUGCCUGACCGGGAGAACACGUUUGUGGUUAAGGUCGAAGGUCCCUCUGAGUAUAUCCUGGAGACAGUGGAUGCCCAGCAUGUGAAGGCCUGGGUGUCUGACAUCCAAGAAUGCCUGAGCCCAGGACCCUGCCCUGCUACCAGUCCCCGCCCCAUGACCCUCCCUCUGGCCCCUGGGACCUCAUUCCUUACAAGGGAGAACACAGACAGCCUGGAGCUGUCCUGCCUGAAUCACUCGGAGAGCCUACCCAGCCAGGACCUGCUGCUGGGACCCAGUGAGAGCAAUGACCGCCUGUCGCAGGGGGCAUACGGGGGCCUCUCAGACCGCCCCUCGGCAUCCAUCUCCCCCAGCUCUGCCUCCAUUGCUGCCUCCCAUUUUGACUCGAUGGAAUUGCUUCCCCCAGAGUUGCCCCCUCGCAUCCCCAUUGAAGAGGGACCCCCAGCAGGGACAGUUCAUCCCCUUUCAGCCCCCUACCCUCCCUUGGACACUCCGGAAACAGUGACAGGGUCCUUCCUGUUCCAGGGGGAGCCAGAGGGCGGUGAGGGGGACCAACCCCUCUCAGGGUAUCCUUGGUUCCACGGGAUGCUCUCUCGGCUCAAGGCUGCGCAGUUGGUGCUGACUGGUGGCACUGGCUCCCACGGUGUCUUCCUGGUGCGCCAGAGUGAGACAAGACGAGGUGAAUAUGUCCUCACCUUCAACUUCCAGGGCAAGGCCAAGCACCUGCGUUUGUCGCUGAACGAGGAGGGUCAGUGCCGGGUCCAGCACCUGUGGUUCCAGACCAUUUUCGAUAUGCUCGAGCACUUCCGGGUGCACCCCAUCCCUCUGGAGUCUGGAGGCUCCAGUGAUGUUGUCCUUGUCAGCUAUGUCCCAUUCUCCCAGCGACAGCAGGGUGAGCAGAGCAGGUCUGCAGGGGAGGAGGUGCCCGUGCACCCAAGAAGUGAGGCCGGAAGCAGGCCGGGAGCCAUGCGGGGGUGUGCGAGGGAGAUGGAUGCCACCCCGAUGCCUCCUGCACCCUCAUGCCCUUCGGAGCGAGUGACUGUGUAACCGAACACCUCCCAUGACCCACCCCAGCCCCCUGAACCCCCUUCAUGGACAGACCCCCCACAGCCUGGGGCAGAAGAGGCGUCGAGGGCGCCAGAAGUGGCGGCAGCAGCAGCCGCAGCAGCCAAAGAGAGGCAAGAGAAAGAGAAAGCGGGCGGUGGAGGGGUCCCGGAAGAGCUGGUCCCCGUGGUUGAGCUGGUCCCCGUGGUUGAAUUGGAAGAGGCCAUAGCCCCAGGCUUGGAGGCCCAGGGCGGCGCCGGGUCUGGUGCAGACUCGGAGGUGCCCCCGAUGGUGCAACUGCAGCAGUCACCACUAGGGGGUGAUGGAGAGGAAGGGGGCCACCCCAGGGCCAUUAACAACCAGUACUCCUUUGUGUGAGAUGACCCCACCCAAUCUGCCCUUUUGCCCCCCCCAGCCCUGCUCAUGAGAUUGGGCUGUGUAGGGACAGAGGAGGCUGAAACCCCUCCCCCAUGCUUCCUGACCCUUGUUGGCCAAGGGCAUCUUCGAUGGUACAAGCAGAGGUUUGGGAGCCUGUUUGCUCCUGUCAUACACUACAGGUCCCCUCCCCAGGGCAGGGAAUUUGGGCUCCAUGACCUCCGUGAGGGGCUCUUCUGGUCAGCCCCACCCUGGGGGCCAUUUCCCCAUUAAUCACCCCCAGCCCGAGGCAGGGUGAGGGGGAAGGGCUGUCAGUUAUAUUAAGGUCGUUGUUGUUGUUGUUUUAAACAAAAUGGAGAAGCAUAAAUAAAUAAAAAGGUUUAUCUGGGUUCUAUC